AUGGACGAAUCGAGCCGGACCCUGGAGGCAUUUGCCAACAGCCCCUUCAACCGCGCAACGGCAGCACAGCUAUGGCGACGUCUUCUCGCGGAACAUACAGCCAGCAGUAAUUCUCUUCACGAGGCUGCAUGUUGCGGCGACCUCGACACGGUUGUGCAGCUCCUUGAUGAGAAGACCGACUCCCUCAACCUCAAUGCCAUCGACGAGGACGGCCGAGCCCCCAUUCAUUUUGCUCUGAGAGCUGGCUCGUCCGAAAUAGUCCAGUUGCUGCUCGAGGCUGGAGCGUCGCCGAAUCCGAUACCCCUGCCUGAGCCCUCCAUCGCAGAUGCACUUAUGAUGCUGUCUCGGAUUCUGUACGCGGCGUUCCAAUGGCUCUCCUUCAUCUGGGUGGCUUCCAAGCAGCCAUUCUUUCCAGCGCCGCUCCUGAAACUCGCCCGGUUUCAACUAGUGCUUAGUCUUGGCCUGGGGGCGGUUCUCUCAUACGCCUUCGCCGUCGUCUGGCUUCUCAGGAAAUUUCCUCACUUUCGGCCAGACUCGAUCGCAGACGCCGCCACGGCGUUCAAGGGCGACUCGGAGCAUGCCGUUCUCAUGCUGCUUGACUCGGGCUAUCAGCCAUCGUACAGCGAAAUGCCAGUAUUAUGGGAAGCAGCUGCGCUCAAGGGCUAUACUGGCCUGUGUCAACGGUUGAUGCAGCUAGGCUGGGACGUCGAUGCGAAGUUUGUAUAUCUUGGCGAGACAGUCGACUCGGAUCCAGUGGUGUUGACGGCACUUCUUUAUGCCAGCGGCGCAUCUCACAGCCACCUUGUAUCCCAGCUGCUCAGCCGUGGUGCCGACCCUGUCCAGCUGGAUUCCCUUGGCCGGUCCUGCCUCCUGCUAGCGUGCAUGCGUUGCUAUCCGAGUGCCAGGCCGCGCUCUCGAGAAGAGUCAGACGCCACGCUCGCGGCACUCUUGGCGACAGACGCAGUCCAGCAUCUCAACAAGAACCACUUGCCGCCAGAUCCCAACAGAGGCGAAUCAGUCUUCCAGCUAGGAUGGGGUUGGCCGCUGGCCGAGGCGUGCCGUGAUUUCUGCACGCCAGCGGUGCAGCUCCUCCUAGACGCCGGAGCAGAUCCAAAUUUUGCAGACGAGCUGGGCGUCACGGCUCUCCACGUUGCUGCCGGAGUCUGCUACCGCGACAGAAAUAUUGAGAAUGUCAAGAUCCUCUUGGACCACGGAGCCAAGGUCAACGCGACGACCUCGGACUCGUGGACGGCACUCGGCAAAGUCUGCAAUUCCGGGUCUUCUCCAGAGGCUCUCAAAGUCCUGCUCGAAGCGGGAGCAGAUGCUAGCUUCGGCGCCGGCCAGAACACGCCCUUGCAGAUCGCGGCGCGUCACGACAUAUCCGAGUUGCAACUGGUGCGCAUCCUGCUGGAGUGGAGAGAGGGCAUCGACGUCAACGCGACGGGGGGGCAGUUUGGGUCUGCCCUCGUCGCCGGGCUCAACAAGCCCAAGAGCCCAGACAGCGAGCCAGAGGUACUGGAGUUUGUGCGCGACAUGAUAAGCCACGGCGCCGACGUCAACUUGGCGCCCGACGGAUACCACGCCCCCAUCACCACAGCAGCCAUCCACGACUGGCCAAGCGUCGUCGAGAUGCUCAUCAACCACGGCGCCGUCGUCCCGCCCACAAAGGAGGUGACCGGCAAGGCCGAGUGGCCGCGCAGCACGCUGCAAGUCUCCAUCCUCAGCUAUCUAGACGGCUUCCAGCCCGCCGUCUUCGACAUUCUCCUGCACCACGGCGCCACACCCAACGGCGACACCUUCGUGUCCGGGCUCGGCGGCAACGUCGGCUCGACCAUCCUCGGCCACGCAUGCAGCCGCUACUUUGCCGAUCCAUCCGUCACCCAGCUCCUGCUCCGCCACGGCGCCGACGCCAACGCGCUCGACCCGCGCGGCCGCCGCCCGCUACACGAGGCCGCCUUCGCGCUCAACGCGGCGCACGCCCGCCUGCUCCUCCAGCACGGCGCCGCGCUCAACCUUCCAGCCCACGCCAGUAACUACGGCACACCGUGGCACUCGCUGUGCAAGGGCCUCGCGCAGUUCUCAACCACAGAGCGCAACAUGACAAAAGCACAAGAAUUCCACACCAUCUGCCAGCUCUUCGCCGCGCAGCCGUCCCCCUCCUCUACGGAUCCACUAUCCGCAGUCUGGACCCGCGAUGCCGCCGGAAAUACGUGCCUGCACUACCUUGCGGCGCUGAGCGAACCGUCGCGCAUGGUCCUCGCGCUCGCGCCCCACGGCAGCGGCGGCGGCAGCACGUAUUACGGCGCCGGAAACUCGCCCGCGGCCGACCUGGCCCAGCGGUUCCUCGUGCUGCUCUGCCGCGGCGGCCUGCACCCGUCUGCGCUGCUCGCCGAGGACGCCGCGGGCCAGACCGCGCUGCACGUCGCCGCCCGGCUCGGCGAUGUCGACGUCAUGGCCACGCUGCUGGAGCACGUCUACUCAAUGGGCAGGGUGCAAGACGCGAGUGAUAGCGGUAGCGACGACGACGACAACAACAACGACGCGGACGGCGUCCUCGGCGCGCUGCUCAAGAGCACGGAUAACGAUGGCAGCACGGCGCUGCUGCUGGCGGCCGGCGAGGGCCGCGCGCUGGCCUGCAGGUUUCUCAUGGAUGUCUACACGGGCGCGGCGCGGCGGCCGGAGCCCCUAGUCGCGCUAGCGCAGGCUGCGUCGAGGCGGGCAGCGCGCAACGGCCAUGUCGACGUCGCGCGGUAUCUGGCGGGGUUUAGGCUUGUUGAUCGGCCUAAUAGAAAUGAUGUCGGGAAUUCCGUGUGGCAGGGUGCGGUUGGGGGUGGUGAUGAUGUCCAGCUGGUGUUUACGGAGAGUGUGCUUGGCGAUGCUUACCAACUAUCGAUAGAAAUGGCUGCCCUUGAAGAUCUGAGCUAUCUGAGCUAUCUUAGCGACAACAGCUAUCUCAGCGAUGCGCCCGAUGCAAAUGCGCUGCCACCACUACCGCUGUCAAACCCGCUGCCCAUCACCGCUGUCAAACUCGCUGCCCACUACUGCCGUUCAACACAUCUAAACUACGAAGCGCCAACUAUGCUAAAGACUUUGGCGUAA